CCGUAGUUCCAAGAGAUCUCGAAUAUAUCUCAUCGAAAGGCGUCUUUUGCGUCGAGAUUUUCGGUUUUGCUUUUGCCACCUCGUUUCGAAUGAUAGAAUAGCACGACGGUUUGGUAGGAAAGAGGGUCGGUAUCGCAGCACCGUAGUCCUUGUUUUCGCGGUACAGAAUAAGAUGCGACGCGUGGCCCAGACGUCCCUGGUCGGGUUGGCUGUGGCCGAACAGGGCCCAAACCCAAUCCGACGCGUCGUGACACUGCUGCAGGAGAUGGCCACGGAAAUCGAGACGGAGGUGGAAAAGGAAGCCAAGGCCUUUGAGAAAUUCCAGUGUUACUGCAAGAAAAACGACGGAGCCCUCGACGCAAAAACCAAAGAAGCAGCAGCGCUGAUAAAGAAGACCACAGCAGAGGUAGAGGGACUCACGGGGCAAAAAAAGCAGCUGGCGGAGGAGCUGAAGAAGCACAAGAAGGUUCGUAUUUAUUCGUGUUGUACGUUCCCAUGAAGUGAGCACAAAGACGUUGUUCUGAUGAAACUUUACUCCUGUAUGCUAGAUUUUUAUUCACCCACCGCCCGAUCGGCAAAUUGAAAUUCCUGAUCUUGUGAAGUAAGCCUGAAAAAAUCACACAACAGGAUCGCGCAGACGCAAAGGCAAAUCUCGAAGCCGCUACCAAGAAGCGCACAGAGGAAAAGACUAAGUUCGACGAGGCCACCAAGGAGCAGCGAAAGACCUUAGACGACUUGGACAAGGCAAUUGCCGCCUUGGAAAAGGGUAUGGGCAAGUCUUUCUUGCAAACCGGCGCCGCUGCCUACUUGCGCAAGGUACUGAUAUCGAACAGUCACGCUGUGUUUCAUUUGCAUUUCUACUGUCUAAAACACUUAAAAAAAAUAACUCAAAGUGGACACCAAAGAAGAAUUCCAGGUUCUGUCAAACCCGCCGUGCAUAAUAAAUGCUGUGCAUCAAAAUUCACUAUUUUCAAAACCAGGUGAUUGACGGUAACAGCGCUGCGCUGUCCAUGUUGGACGUUUCGGACCAGGAGAUGGUUGCCUCCUACCUGCAGUCCGGCAAGGACUACGCCCCAGCCAGCGGCGAAAUCGUCGGAAUUCUGAAGAUGAUGAAGGACAACUUCGACGAGUCUCUGGGUGGCAUCCUGAGUGAGGAGGAGAAGGCCGUGGCUAGCUUCGCCGAGCUGAAGGCCACGCUGACCGAGUUGAUCAAGGCCUCCGGCGCCGCCAUCGAGAAGAAGCAGGAACUCAAGGGCGAAGUCGCCGUGAAGAUCGUCGAGGGAAAGAACCUGAUCUCCACCACGGAGAAGCAGAUGGGCGACGACAUGAAAACCGCCGCCAUGCUGAAGGAGGCGUGCGGCACGAAGGGCGACGAGUUCAAGGUGCGUCAGGAGGACGCCGCCGCGGAAGUGGCCGCCAUCAACGAGGCCAUCAGCGUGUUGAACAACGACGACGCCCUGGACCUGUUCAAGAAGACGGACACCAAGGCGUUGGCGCAGGUCUCCCUGCUCCAGACCGGUUUGCGCACCAACGGGCCCUCCGAGAAGGCGGUCGCCGAACUGCAGAAGGUCGCCGACAAGUCCCCCGCCGUCGCCAUGCUGGCGCUCACCGCCAAGCAGGCGCUGAAGACCGGCGUGGACUUUUCCAAGGUGAUGAAGAUGAUCGACGACAUGGUGGUUUUGCUGAAAAAGGAGGCGGACGACGACAUCAAGGCCCGCGACAGCUGCAACGCAUCCUUCCUGGAGUCCGAGGCGGAGAAGAAGGACACUGAGCACGCCAUCAAGGGGCUCGGCUCCAAGAUCGACGAACUGGCCGGCGUGAUCGAGGCCCAGGCGGCCAUCAUGGAGAAGGCCACCACCGACAUUGCCACCGCCAAGGAGUCCAUGGCGCAGGCCACCGAGCAGCGCAAGACGGACAACGCGGACUUCAUCACCGCGGUGGACCUCAACAACCAGGCGGUCGCCCUCAUCCAGAAGGCCAAGAACAAGCUGAACGGCUUCUACAACCCGCAGCUGGUUCCCAAGGAAAAGCCGGCUGAGUUGACCGCCGAGGAGGAACUGGAGCAAGGGUUCCAUGAGGUACUGAGUUUGUGUUUGCCACGUGUUCUUGCGCAUAAUCCAAUGCCUAUGUCUGAUUGUCGACUAGUGCAUUUACUUAUGCCCGCAAUCGCAUUUUUCCGUAAUUUGUCAUGAAGCAAUGAUCAGAGCGAUGUGCAUGUGUCGUUAAAUUAAAAUUGUCAUAAGUAAGUACAAUUUCCUGCGUAAUACUGACACAACCAGGCCCUGAUCCAGAAGCACGUGCAGAAGCCGGAGUUGGUGCAGCAGCUGCCGGAGGGUAUGCCGGAGACCUGGGGCGCAGGUGAGCGCAAGACCAAGGGCGGCAAGGGCGCCUCCGUCAUGGCAUUGAUGGAUAUGUUGGCCGGAGACAUCAACAAGGAUACCGAUGCUUUGGAGCACGACGAGACCGUCGCACAGAAGGAUUACGAGGCCCUGUCCGCCGACUUGGCCCAGCAAGUGGUAUUGAUGAUACACGUAGUCGUUUGUUUAUCUUGAGAAUUUGAGCACAUUAUCAUUCAUGCUUCCUUUGCUCGGACAAAUGGAGAACCGUCAAGUUCUGUGGUGCGCAAUUGUAUCGCGUUUAGACAGUGAAAAACUCCUGAUUGUGAAUUGAAAUUCAUACUAUAUCAGGCCGAGAGCGAGAAGGCACUAAACGACGCUACCGCGUCCAAGGCCGCUGCCGAGGAGGAGAAGCAAACGUCGGAGUCCACUCUGGACAUGAAGGAGGAGGAGCUCGCCGACAUUAACCAAACCAUCGCGGACCUGCACGCGAAGUGCGACUUCAUUCUGAAGGCCUUCGAGGAGCGUAAGGCUGCUCGCGAGAACGAGAUCGCGGGAUUGACCAAGGCAAAGGCUGUGCUCGCCGGUGCAAAGUUCGACUAAGUGUAGUUAGUACGAUUUUCUGUAUGGCAUCUCUCGCGAUUUUACUUUGUAUAAAUGAUUAAAACCUAGCCAUACGGAUUGCUUCAAUACAGAUGUGAUCCUGUUUCACAAGAGAUUCGUUUCGUCCAAAAAGCAUCGCUACAGAGGCACAUGGUUUUCCGCAGAACGGCAAAGAGGCCUGGCGUCAUGUCAAGAAUUGGUCUCUACGAAAAAAAACCAUUUAUAUUUACGUAUUGACAUCAGCAGCCAUUAUUUCUUUCGUGCAAAAUCAAACGUACUUUGUUUUUCUACUUUAGUUCAAGUGCUUAUAGUGACAAUCCAUUACGGUAUUAUCUCUUUGACUUUAAUCGUUUUUUGUACAAGUGCGUUUUUGGAGAACAGUUCUUGACGCAAUUUUGGUUCCGAAUCGAAAAGUGCCGAUGCUGGAUGGACAAGACAACCGUGAACGAUGACACACAAGUUGAGCGAUUCGGCAAACCAAAGCAACACCAGAGAUGGCACACGUUAUUCUCACAAGCGUGCCGGUGCACUGGACCGUCGUGCUCCUGUAGUUGUUUCCAUUGGAGCAAAUCUCUUCAACGUGCUGAUCAUCCCAAAUCUUUUCAGCUUACUUUACGAAUGUUGAUGAAGACACUUUUUUUGGCAGACAAGCUCAAAAGCAGUCGUUUCCAAACGCAAAGGAAGACCGAACCAGCACCGAUCACCGUAUCAGCGACAUCUCGCUUUCAGACAGCACUUGAGAUCCACAUCAGACAUGCAGUUUUGCUCAGUUAACCUACGG